AUGGAAAGGUUGCGAGCUUCUCGAUUCUCCGUGGCACUUUUCUCGUCUCUCGUCGAGUUUCAAGAAGCCCAGGUCUUCUUCACUUUAGCUGUGCAGUUGGCAUCCGUGUCUAUGAUGGUUUUCAACGAUUCGUUAGGUGCUGUUCGAAUCGAUUGGAGAGCAGCUAAACUUUUCCAAGCAGGAAACACCCUGGUUGUUCUUCUUGUUCAAGGAGAACUGCAAAGGAGAAAAAUGCACUGGUGGUAUACCUAUUUACUAACGUUGAUAGUGUGCGUUUUCUGCCUUACGAUUACGCAACUUGGUACUGAGACUGAGUACCCUGGCUUCAAGGAGCUUCCCGGGUGCGGUAAAAGUACGGCGAGUAUACUCGAAACUUGUCGGUCCGGGACCUAUAGUAGUGAAGGGUUCCAAACAGAUGCGAUGGCAGGGUACUCGACGUUCUACUUCACCACAGUGUUGGUUGGCAUAAGCUUCAUGUCUUUCGACCAGAUCGCACGAAUCCGUCGUCUGCACGACUGGGUGGCCCAACGAGUGGAAUCCUGGCGAGAAAAAUCUCGAGUUUUGAAAUGGAUGUUCAAGACCGCAUCGAUAUUUUGGAGUCUUUUCUGGUUUUUCAUGAAUUUCUUUUUGGCGUAUCUUUUGUUCGGGACGACAUACAUCAUCCUUCACAAAGUCGGAGGCACGCUGCGCAAGAAGGACAAGUGGACCUUUGGGCAGAUCGUCGCGGUUCUGCUGUGGGCCCCAGUAGUGUUCAAGUACCUUUAUCUCAACACAUGUAAGUCCCCUUUACACACAGGUCGUCGACUUUGA